AUGAUCAAGGAUACCCCCACAAUGCCCAACUGGAAACACCUAUCAGUAGGCGUCAUCGGAGGUGGCAUCGGCGGCAUGUCCGUCGCCAUCGCCCUCCGCCGCGCCGGCCACACAGUAACAAUCUACGAACGCUCCGACUUUGCCGGAGAAGUCGGCGCAUCAGUAUCCUGCGCUGCUAACGGAACCCGCUGGCUGCACGAGUGGGACGUCGACGUCGCCAAGGGCGAUCCUGUCGUCCUCAAGAAACUCAUCAACCGAGACUGGAAAACCGGCGAGCCCGUCAGCGUGUACGAUCUUGAAGAUUAUGAAAAGCGCUGGGGUUUUGUCUACAAUAUGUUUCAUCGUCAGUAUAUGCAUGCUAUGCUUAAGGAUACUGCUAUGAGUGAGGCUGGUGAGGGUGAGCCUGUCAAGUUGGAGGUUAGGCACAAGUGCAAGGAUAUUGAUAUUCCUACUGGUACUGUUACUUUUGACAAUGGCGUUGUUGUCAAGCAUGAUCUUAUCAUUGGUGCUGAUGGUAUUGGAUCUGCUGUUCGUGGAAUUCUGGGUAUUCAGCCUGAGAGGAAGCCUUCUGAUCAGAGCUGUCUUCACUGCAACGUCACGACCGAAGAAGCCGUCAAGGCUGGUCUCGUUGACUACUCCCAAAACGAGGCUCUCGAGUACUGGGGCGGUCAAGAGGGCAAGUGGGAUAAGAUCGUUCUGUCUCCUUGCAACGGUGGCAAGCUUCUUUCUUACUACUGCUUCUUCCCCCGCGAGCAAGGCGAUUACACUACACAAGCCUGGGGAGCCGAUAGUCUUCCCGUCGAAGAUCUCCUCAAGCCGUACCCCCAACUCGACAGCCAAGUUCUUGGUCACCUUGCUAUCGGAAAGGAGAUUCAGCCCUGGAGACUCUGGGUCCACAAGCCUUACCCCUACCUCCAAAAAGGUAACGUCUGUCUUCUCGGCGACGCAGGCCACCCCAUGAUGCCCCACCAAUCGCAAGGAGCCUGCAUGGCCAUCGAAGACGCCGCAGCCCUAGGAAUCCUCUUCAGCAAGCGUUAUUUCAACGGCGACAUCUCACAAGCGUUGUCCGUGUACGAAAAGGUUCGUUUACCACGAGCUACACGCGUUCAAGCAGCUGCUGCCAAGGCUGCUUACAAUAUCAACGAGCGAAUUGGAUUCUCGGUGAACAAGGAUACUUCUACUUACAAAGUUGAGAAUGAGAAGGAGGUUUUGACUAUUGAGGAGAUGAACACUUAUGAUAUGUAUCGGGAUAUUGAGGAAAAGCUUGCUAAGGAGAAGGGGGAUAAGUAUGCUGGUGGAUUUAGCAAUGGGUUGCCUCUUGGGUUGGUGCUUCCUAAUGGUGUUACUGUUGGGGCUGCCUAA